UUAUAUAAUUUAUUCACAUUUAUCCAUCGAUUAAACAGUCUGUUGUGUAUAGAAUUUCUAUACAGUAUUUACAUACACAUAUAUACUAACCAAUGUCUAUAGACAUAUGAAAUCAUUGCCAAUGUACACAUAUACAUCUACUGCUUUAUUGAAUGAAUCCAUUGUUAAUGGGAACAUAUCAAACUAAUUUAAAUAUUACAAAUAAAGAAUUAUUGUCAUCCCAAUCAACAUCAUCAUCAUCAUCGUCUUUAACAUUGCCAGUAUCUUCAUCAUUCACAUAUCGAUUAAUUGAACAAAAUAAUAAUAAUAAUGAUAAUAAUGAUUAUGAUUAUUAUAAUGAGGAUAACAAAUUAAUACAUCAUGCUCAAUUGAAUUCAUUCAAUAAAAUAAGGCCAUUAACAACAACAACAACGACACCAGCAAUAACAAAUACUGAUGUUACGAAAAGUCUUCCAUUUACCAAUACACUUUCAGAUCAAUCAAAUAUGAUAAAUAAUAAUACUAUUAAUAUUAAUGAUCAAUUUGAUAAUACAAAUGAAUUAAAUCCAUUAUCUUUAUUGGAAAGCGCAUGUUCAUUAGCCUGUGACUAUUCACCUUUAUUUGCAUUAACAAAUUCAUUGCAUAAUUUUAAAUCAGACAAUAUUAUUACAACGAAUUCAAAUUCUUCAAUAAUAACUACAACAAUGACUAUCACUCCCAAUCAUCAUCAUCAUCAUCAUCAUCAUAAUAACACAACCCAUAUUCAUUAUCCAACUAAAGAGUUACAAAUAUUACAUAAAAGUAAUAAACGUACUACAGGAUUACGGAAUCGUUAUAAAUCUACUAUAAAAAAUCAAGGAAUAUUUACAAAUCCUACGAAAACUAUAGUUGAUCUACCAUCUUGUGACAACAAUCGGGAUCAACAACCAAUAACAUGGUCAAAUGAUCUUAAUAAUAAUAAUAAUAAUAAUAAUAAUAAUAAUAAUAAUCAUGAUGAGAAACUACUAAAACCACAUGAAUUAUCAUUAUUAAUAAAUCAUUCAGAUCUAAUAACUACAACAUCAUUAUCACAACAUCUUUUAAAAUCGAAUAUUAUGAAUAACAGUAAUACAUUGAAUCAUACUACUGAUAUAACUUAUAGUCAUAAUAUGACUACUAUGGAGAAUUUGACUCAUUCUAAUAUGAUCACUGAUAAUAUACAUUGGUUACCUAAUAGUAUAGGUCGAAGAGAUUACAAUCCAUUAUGUAAUAAUGAUCAAUUAACAAAUUACUGUAGGUUUUCACCAUCUUCAAAUUCAAGUAAUUAUAAUUUACAAAAUACCGAUAUUAUGCCUUUAUAUAUUGAAUCAAGAAAUUGUGAAAAUACUGUUGAACAUUCACAAUAUGAUACUGAUUUAUUAAUGAAAUGGAAAAAUGAUGAAAUAACUAAACAUGAAACUAAUUGUAAUCCUAAUAGUAAUAAUAAUGAAUAUUUUGAUGUUGACAAUCGGCAUCAAGUAAGUACCACUCAAGAUUAUCUAGAGACUAAUGAAAAUAUCUUAUCAACCAGAGUCUAUAAUCAAGAAUUGGUCCCACAUAAACAAAAUGAUUCACAUAGUAACUUAAUUCAUUGUAAUUCUAUUGAUGAAACCCGUGAAAAUAAGACGAAACAGUCUAUAAUAAAUUUACAAGAAAAUAAUUUCUCAGAGAUGAUAAUAAAACAACAUGGGAAUUAUUAUGAGAAAAUAAAAAUGCAUAGUAUACAACAAAGGAAUAUAGAAGAAGAUAUUGAUCAGAGGAGUGAUGCUUUAUAUCAUUCAAUGAAUUUAUCUUAUGUUAAUAAUUCUGAUUCAUUUCCUAAUUCAACAACAGAUCUAAAUAGAAUUAAAACAUAUGUGAAACCCUCCGAAAAAUUACUGCAUUAUUCGACGUCCAAUGAUAAUAGUUUAUCUGAGUUUGCAAUCCGUUCAAAUCCAAACUUAUUUACAAUGAAUAGUAUAAAUAAUGUAGGUCAGAUAUUAGAUACAAAUAAUAUUUCUAACUCAAGUGUAGAUGCUGAACAGAUAAAAAUAAUUCCAGAUGAAUUCUCAAAUAAUUUUAAUACAUUUUCUAGGGGAUCAUCAAUUACAACAUCAUUGCCUAGUUUAUCACAAACUACACCAUUAACAGAUUCAUUGAUACACAAGAGUGGGAUUAAUUUCAACAAUGAAACUUCUAAUAGUCAUAUAAAUAAGACAGAUUAUUUCGAUUCCCCUGUUAAUGAAUCUUAUUUACCGACAUAUAUGAAUCCUAUUCAACAAUCUGUAUACUGGCAACAACAAGAACGUCAUCAUCAAAACGAACAUGAAUCAGAUCAAUAUAAUCAACAAAUUAAUCUAUUGACUUCGACCAAUUCCAUAAGUAAUAUUUCUCAUUCAGAUUCAAUCAAGGAAUCCUUACUUCAUAAACAUGAAUUAAAAUCUUCUAAUAUGAUGUUUAUGAAUCAUGUUAGUGAAUUAAUGAAUGUAUAUAAUAGUAAUAGUAAUAAUAAUAAUGGUAUACAACCCGCUUCAAUGGAUAUAGUAACGAGUAGUAUUGGAUUUAAUAAUAAUAAUAAUAAUAUAAAUACAAUUGUAAAUGAAAAAUCAAAUCUACAUCCAUAUGAUGAGCACCAUUUUAACACACUUUUACAUAUCAAUCCAAAUGUAAUUGAAUCUUCAUCAUGUUUGUUUGAUUCAUUAGUAUAUAAUCAAAACUCAGCAGAUUUUACAAAUAAUAAUAAUACUGAUAAUAAUAAUAAUAAUGUUGUUUGUCAUAUCAGUUCCAUAUCAGAAUCAACUCCUAGAUUAAAUGAUCAUAUAUCAGUUGAUUCUUCAAUAUCAAUCAUACCAAUUUCAUCAUCCUCUUCGUCGUCUUCUUCUUCUUCUUCUUCUUUAUCAUCAUCAAGUAUAUUCAGUGGAAUGUUACAACAAUUAACAUUACCAUCAAAUUCAUCUUUAUCAUCAAUUUCUUCUCUUACACAUACAACAUCGACAAUAAAUGCAUCCAUUCAUUCAUCAUGUAAAUUACUUCCAUCCAUAGGAAAAUAUCAACCAAAUAUAACAUCAGAUGAAUUUAUUAAUAUGACAGAAUCAUGUUCACCAUCUUCAACAUGUAUUUUAUCAAAAGUUCAUGGAUUCAAUGAAUCGUUAACAACUAUGAAUGGAAUGGAUUAUUUUCAAAAUAAUAGAAUUGAUGAAACAAUGCAUACAACUAACCUUGGAAAUAAUAAUCAUAAUAACAAUACAAUUACAAAUGAUAAUAAUAAUAAUAAUAAUAAUAAUAAUAGUAACCAUAACAAUAAUAGUAAUACAAUAAUUCCUGGAACUGGUGAUUAUCCAUCAGCUGAUGAUUUAGAAAUAUUUGCUAAAAUGUUUAAACAACGUAGAAUUAAAUUAGGUUAUACACAAGCUGAUGUUGGUUUAGCAUUAGGUACAUUAUAUGGUAAUGUAUUUAGUCAAACAACUAUAUGUCGUUUUGAAGCAUUACAAUUAUCAUUUAAAAAUAUGUGUAAAUUAAAACCAUUAUUACAAAAAUGGUUACAUGAAGCUGAUUGUUCAACUGGUACUACAAAUAAUCUUGAUAAAAUUACAACACAAGGACGUAAACGUAAAAAGCGUACAAGUAUUGAAAUUGGUGUAAAAGGUAUAUUAGAAAAUCAUUUUAUUAAACAACCAAAACCAUUAGCACAAGAUAUUAUACAAUUAGCUGAUGUAUUAGGUUUAGAAAAAGAAGUUGUACGUGUUUGGUUUUGUAAUAGACGACAAAAACAAAAACGUUUAAAUCCUUUAUUACUUGGUUCAGCAUUUGAUUCAAAUGAAGAUAGUACUUGUAGAAGUGAAAAUAAUGAUGAUAGUUAUGAAGAUGACGAUGAUGAUGAUGAUGAGGAGGAGGAGGAGGAGGAGGAGGAUGAAGAUGACGAAGAAGACGAUGAAGGAGAUGACAACAACAAACAUAAGAUAUGUAAUGGUAACAUCAAGAAUGAUGAGAAACAUCCUGAUAUUAUUAUGAAAGAAAAACAAACUACUGCUGAUCAUGUUGAAGAUAAAAAAUAUUUACAAAAUGAAAUGAAUAAUGAUAUAAACUAUAGAAAAUCAGAGAAGAUUCUAGAAAAUGAACAUAGUUUAUUUGAAAAUGAAAACAAUUCUGAUAUAUGUAGUAAUCAAUCAUUCCGAAAUAAUUCAAUAAAACGUACUAAACGUCGUUUGAAUCAAUCUCUUACUCCUAUAAAUUUUAAUUGUAAUUAUACUAAUGAUCAAUCAUUAAAUAAUUCUCUUCAUAAUUUAUACGGAAUGACCCCCUAUUCAUCAUCAUCAUCAUCACCACCACCACCACCAACAACAACAACAACAACAACACCAGGAGUAAUACCGUCAUCGUUACUACCUUCAUUACAUUCUACAUUUCAUGUAAGUAAUUCCAAUCAAUUAUUCCCUUCUAACUAUCCUAAUUAUUGUAAUAAUAAUAAUAAUAGUAAUAAUGGUAUUCAUCAUAAUUCAUUAUUACAUAAUAUAUCGUUUCAUGAUACAUCACAACAUUUAUUACGUACAGAUUAUAUUUUACAAAAAUAUCCAUAUGUAAUUACAGAUAAUGAAAAUAUAACUGAAAAUAAAUUAAUUAAUGAAUCAUUUAAUUUACCAUUAAGAUUAUUGAAUACACAUUCUAAUACUACUAAUAAUCAUACUACUAAUAAUUUAUUAUAUGAUUCAUGUGGAUCACUUAUUGAAAAUCAUUCAAUCAAUAAUUCAAUGGUAGAUUAUUUAACGACAGAACAAUCAAUAACUAAUAAUAAUAAUAAUAAUAAUAAUAAUAAUAAUAAUAAUUCAUUUUUAUCAUCUAAUUUAAAUUUUAAUCCAAAUCAUGUUAGUGUAAACUCAUCCAUUGGUAUCCCAUCUCCAUUCCACAAUAAUAGUAAUAUAUCAGAUUUAGUAAAUUACAAUCAACGAUUAGAGGAGAUGUCAACAACAACAACAUCAUUGAAUAAUCAUGAUAUAACUGAAAUAUCCACAUAUCAAGAUGAGAAUAUGAUUAGAAAUAAUUUAUUAAAUGAUUUAAAUAUAAUUUCAAAUUGUAUAGAAGAUCAAAUGAUGAAUACAAGUAAUAUGAAUAUAAAUUUAAAUGGAUAUACUACUGAACAAUUAACAACAAUGAUAGUAACAACAACAUCGACAACAACAACAACAACAACAACAACAAUACCAUCAAUGGUAGAAACAAUGAAUACAUCAUUAAUUCCUAAUAUUUUUAUGCGUUCAAGAAAUAUGAACUCGAUCACAGAAUGUAAUAAUAAUAUGAAUGAUCAAUUAUUUAUUUAUCCACAAUCACAGUAGUAAAAUGAGAAAACAAUAAAAGAACAUAUAUACACACAUAUACAUGCAGUUGUUCCUCAUAGAUUGAGAUAUAACACAAAUUAGAUCCUAUGAAAUAAUACACUUAAAAGGAGAUUUACACAAUUAAAUGAUUUGCUCAUUAUUAAUCAGGUGAGUUGGGAUAGUGACUAUGAAGGAAAAAAAAUGUUGCUUUCUAUUGUUUCGUAUAUUCGUUUUUUUUUCUUGAAUCAUCGGGAAAACAAACAAACAAACAAACAACCGUGUACACAUAUAAUCUGUCGAUUACACAAUGUCUUUCUGAAGGGAAACUAUUUUCUAAGAUUUGUUUAUAUAUUUAUAGAUACAUAAGAAUAUAUAUAUUUAUACACUGGUGAAGAGGGGGUGGUGGUAUGUUAUUAAAAGAAGAAUCAAACAUUUAAUAAUAAUAAUCAACUGAUUAACGGCAUAUUUUUGUUGUUUUUUCGAUUCGGUUACCAGGGGGUGUUUCUACACUUCAUUGUCAAUUUAUAAAUAUGGAAAUCACUAAUAGAUAGUGUAUAUGAUUGUAUUUUCUAAAUUACACUAUUUAUUGAUAGAUUACUUUCAAUUGAUUAUCAUUGAAAGAAUGAUAAAGAUUGAUAAACUAACUGAAAUUCAUUGAUUCUUUUGUAAAAUUUUCUUUAUUAUUCUUAUUCUUAUGAGUAAACAAUGAUUCUCAUAUGUACAUAGUGAAUAAAUAAUCCAUAUAUAAAUACAUUGUAAUAGACUAUUUAUUUUGAAUGAUUUCACAGUUUGUUUAUCUUCUGUACAAUCAAUCGAAAUGGAACAUUGAAUUGAUUAUUCCAAUCAUUAUCAUCAUGCUUGGUAAUCUACAUUAUUAUUAUUAUUAUCAUUGUUACUAUCGAAUGUUACAAAUGAUCCUUAUCACCUAAUACAUUACCUAAUUCAUUACAACUACAGUAAAUUAGCCAACAACUAAAAGAAGAAAACAAAACGGUGUAAAUAAAUUAACAGUCACUUACUUUUUGUUUCUUUUUUUGUGUGUGUGCGCGUGUGUAUGUUUGUGGUUUUCUUCUCCCCAACACUUUUACACACAUUUUUAUUUGGUCUUGUUCUAUUUUUAAUUGACUGAAAUUACUAACUAAUACCAAUGAUUUCUAACUGAUAUUAAUAUUGUUGCUUGUUUUGUUUUGGUCUUUUUUUUCUUUUCUUUUUACAAUUCAAUAACUGUAUAUGGUUGGAUAGUAAUUUCUUGGAUAAUACUGUUUAGUUGCAAAGGUAUAGAUUUUAUUGUUAUGAAAUAACAAAUAUAAAUAACAAUAGUGUUAUUUCCAUUUAGUUACUAGCACCUUUUUUUUCAUGGAAUAAGAUGGUGAAGUUAUGUGAGUAGGG